UUAUUGUGACAGCGGCGGGGCCGGGGACAGGCCGGUCCCGCCGUGUCACCGCUGGCAGCACGUUAAAGCCCCGGGCUCGCACCGCCGCGCAGAGGGCGGCUAUGACAGUGAAUGACCGUCCUUCCCAAAAUACCGGCCGCGGCCCAGGUGACAGCUCCUAGGCUGUAGGGAAAAUCCACUCCAAGAAAGCCUCUAUUCUGCAAGGCAAGGGUUCCAUUCUAUCCAGGAGCCCAGCCAGGAAACCUUUUGUGGCCUGUCACCUAGUUUUUACCAGCCACCUAUCCAAAGCCAGUUAUCACCAACAAAAACCCAGGACAGCCGUGAAACCUCUCCUAUGAGUGUCCCUAAUCUCCCAUCCGUUUCCUCUAUGUGCCAACCAACCAUGUUUAACUACGAACGCCCAAAACACUUUAUCCAGUCUAAGAACGUGUGUCAAGGGCAACAGCAGCCUCCAGGACCUGCAGCCUCUACAGAGUCAAGCAGAGAAAUCAAACAGUCCUCCAUCCUCAUCCAGCCUCGUAACCCCAGCGGGCAGAAAUUCUCCUCCUCGUCAUCGCUGAGCUCUUCAAUCACGCUCUCCUCGCCUUCCUGUAGUGCCCCUAAGGAAUCCACCUAUCCCAUCACACCUGCAUCUGCACAGUCUCCUGCUAGCUCAUCAUCUGGGCAGAGGCUUCUACCCAUGCCUAACCAAUCCCCCGCAGCCUUCCUGUGCUCCGUGCUCCCCUCGCAGCCCGACUAUAACAGCCCAGCUCCUUCUCCCGUGGGACCUCAUUACUCGCAGCCCAUGUACAACAAACAAGCCAGCAUCAACUCUAUGCAGAAGACAUCAGACCAAGAAAUUCGAGGAACAAAGGAGGCCCUCAUUCAGGACUUGGAAAAGAAACUCCGAUGCAAAGACAGCCUCCUCCAGAACGGCAACCAGCGACUGACUUAUGAAGAGAGGAUGGCUCGCAGGCUGCUGGGACCAGUGAAUGCUGCCUCUGUGCUGGACACACAGGGUGAAGACAGCAUGCAGAAUGCACAGCAUCAGAAUGCAGAAAACAUCAGGCUGCAGGUUCCUACAACACAUGUCAGGAGCAGACCAUCCUCUAGAGGCGACGAUCGCGGACAUGACUCAAUCCAGGAGAAGUUUUUUCAGCCACGUUUUACACAAGUGCCUGAAGAUGUAGUGAUUGAGGAGGGGCGGUUCUGCAGGCUCGACUUCAAAGUCAGUGGGCUCCCGACCCCAGAUGUGAUGUGGUACCAGAAUGGAAGGAUGGUUCACCAGGAUCAGUUCCAUAAAAUGAUAGUGUCAGAAAAGGGGUUCCACUCAUUUAUUUUUGAAGCAGUCAAAUCAGCUGAUGCAGGGACAUACGAAUGUGUGGCUGUCAACCGUGCAGGAGAAGCAUCUUUCACAGUAAAAGUGGAAGUAAUUGCUAAAGAACAUCACAUGCCUCCAACUUUCAUUUUCAAACCACAAAGCAAAAAGGUUUUUGAAGGAGACACAGCCAGACUCGAAUGCCAGAUCUCUGCCAUCCCAACCCCUCGGAUUUACUGGAAAAGAAACAACGAAAUGGUACAAUAUAAUACAGACCGAAUAAGCUUGCUCCAUGACAAUACUGGAAGGAUUUGUCUCCUGAUCCACAAUGCCACCAAGAAGGAUGCUGGCUGGUACACCGUGUCUGCUGUCAACGGGGCAGGGGUGGCCACAUGCCACGCCAGGCUAGAGGUUGCAACACAUACAAAUAAGCCACUUCCAGCCCCAAAGCAGUUACGGGUUCGACCAACUUUUAGCAAGUAUUUGGCACUUAAUGGAAGAGGACUGGAUGUGAAACAAGCUUUCUCACCAGAAGGGGAGUUUCAGCGUUUGGCUGAGCAGUCUGGACUGUAUGAAAGUGAUGAACUUUAACUGGAAGUGAAGAGGAAAACCUCACACCCAUCAAAGACAGUUACAACAUAGAUGCAGUUAAUUGGUGAUUGCUCUAACUAGCAAAAUACCUACUGACAUAUUUUUACUUUGACUCUUGCACAUUCAGCUGUUCCCAUUUUACCAUGUUAGAUUUUAUUUAUAUAGUUUGGUGACUGUAACCAUUACUGAGUAUUGCAUUUUAACUAGAAAGCCUAAGAAAGCAGGUUAAUUAGUUUUUACAAAUGUGGGUGGGCUUAGUUCCACCUGUGCUUGGUUACAUGCUAAGGUAGCUUGAUUUGUACUGCUUCUCUAAUAUCACUCGUGAUAAUAUCAGAAGUCUGUACUGUCUGAAUACUAAAACCAAAUAGAGUAGAGUGUUUUUAUGAGAAUAAAUUAGAGGCAAAUAAAAUUUUAAAUAACCAA